AAUUAAUUAUGUAUGGGAUUGUUACAUGUAUAAUUAUAGUAGCCUAUAUAUACGUCAUAACCUUACAUGCUGUUAUAGUAGAAAAAUAGACUAUAGAAAUUGAACUGUGAGCAACCAGCUAGUCUGAGAUUGAAUAACAUAACAAGAUUGUGCUGUAAUGGCUGUUUUAGUGCAAGCCAUUAUUAUUACGGCUCUAAUUGGACAGCUUGUGGAGGCUCAAACAGAGUGCACUAACGGAGAGAUCCGAUUGGACGCAGAAGGAGGAAAUCGCUUUGUAGAGUUCUGCUCCAGUGGUGAAUGGCAAAAUUUGUGCACUAAUGAUGGUUUGUGGGAAGAGGAGGAAGUUACAGUGGCCUGCAGGCAACUAGGCUAUGCUGGGCAAAUGCCCGUAACAUGGGGUGGUGCUUGUAGUACUUCACCGACUGACAAGUUCUUCAGUAUCUCAAUGAAAUGUAACGGGACUGAGAACAGGGUACAGGAUUGUGCCGGAGUGGUCACUGAGAGAGCUACAUGCGUGUGCAGUACCGACUUUGUAUUGGGUUCAACCCUCCAUGGAAUAGUGCAGUGCCAACCAGCUGACUGUGAUAACGGUGAAGUGAGACUGGUGAGCGGAGACACGUGUAAUGAGGGACGAGUGGAGGUGUGUAUGAACGGCAGAUGGGGAACAGUAUGCAACAACACACCGGAGUUAGCUGGAGCUGUGUGCUCUCAACUGGGAUUCUCUCCUGAGAGAGCUACUGUUGUGAGAUAUUCUCCUGGUUUUGUACCGAUCAGCAACUGUGUACUAUUGAGUGGCGGUGAUUUGAACUGCAGUCAACUCACUGACGGGUCAUGUGAUCACUCCAUGGACCUCGGAGUGGUGUGUCGUACUUACAGUGACGUGAAAGAAAUUUCCAAGCAGUGCACAAGUAUGAACCUAGUAGCAGCUACAAACUCUACCUGUCCGCCUACUAUAGAUACUAUGAACACUGACAGCAAUGUUUCAAGAAGCAUUACAAUAGCAAUGGGAGUUAUCAUUGCCAUACUGAUUGCGGUGAUAGUCGUCAUGGCAAUCACAUGGACGUACGCUGCACGUAGUUCUACUAGGAAACUUUCACAGAAUGGCAUGUCAACAGAGAAAGCAGCGACAAAUGGUGACGUGAACGUUACAGCUGAGGGAAGCAAACAGUAUAGCAACCCAACUUACAUGGGGCCGGGGGAAGCGAGUAACCAAGACUACGAUGUAGAUGAUGAUUAUGUAUCUGUUCAUUAACAGAAGUGAACAAUUCCUUCUAUCGAACAAUUUUUUUAAAAUUCGUAUUAUCAUCCUAAUAGCCACUAUAGCCAUGUAGAGCAUUAUUUGAUACAUUUACCAACAUU